AUGUCAGAUCUUGAAGUUCAGGUCCCCACUGCCUUUGAUCCGUUUGCUGAUGCAAAUGCUGAGGACGCUGGUGCUGGAGCAGGAACAAAGGAAUACGUGCACAUACGUGUUCAGCAGCGUAACGGUAGAAAAAGCCUGACCACUGUCCAGGGCCUUAAGAAAGAGUAUAGCUAUACCAAGAUCCUUAAAGACCUCAAGAAAGAGUUCUGCUGCAAUGGCACUGUCGUCCAGGACUCUGAACUAGGACAGGUUAUUCAGCUCCAAGGUGAUCAGAGGAAGAACGUCUCUACUUUCCUUGUUCAGGCUGGUCUUGUGAAGAAGGAUAACAUCAAGAUCCAUGGUUUUUGAGCAAAUUCUACAUGCUUGUUGUUGUUCAUCUUUGCACAGCAACUUGAGUUUGCGGAAACAAUCAGCCCUUCCGAAAGGCAGUAUUAUAAACAAUCACUUAUGUAAUAUUAAUACUUUUUUAAUGUAUACAUGUAUUUGCUUAUGAGUAUAAACACAAAUGUAUGAAUUUCUCAUUUGCGUUUGUAGUGUGAGAUUAUCAGUAAAACUUGCUUUGUGAAUAUAGUGAUCUUACUUACAUGACAAGCAAAUAGAAAGGCUCAAAACCGAGCAUUAAACCG